CAACAAAAGAAAAGGAACCGUACCGACUGAAAAUGAAAAUAAAACUCGAAUAAAGGUGGCGCGCACUUCGAUGCAACAACACUUUCACAUUCCUACGCGCGCUUACUUACUAUACACACUCUCCAAUCUCAAUCUCUUCACCUUUCCUCUCACUACCAUCAACAUUUUGUGCGCAAUGUCGACGCUGUCCCCGGAAUCCGUCGCAACCUUCAUGCGAAUCACCGGAGCAACGGAGUUCGUCGCUGUUCAGAAACUAGAGGAAUAUGGAGGCAAUCUAAACGAAGCCGUGAAUGCACAUUUUAUCGGAGACAGACACAUUCAGGAACAAAAUCUUGCUGCUACUGCAACCCCACACUAUGAUUACUCUGAAGCAAAUAAUCAAAACAACGAAAAUCGUGCUGGGUCACGUGGAAUUAUGCCUUUGUUCAAUGCUGCUAGAAGAUUUAGACCUUCACUACUACUUGACUCAAACUAUAGAAGAGAACUUAGAGAUCUAUGUAACGGGUUUGGUGCUACUACGAUUUCAAAUAGUACACCACCACGUGGUUCUCCACAAGGGGAGGCGAGGGAAUUUCCUACAGGGAUCAAUAGUGCACAUGUGUCGCCCUAUCUGUAUCAACCUGGAUUGAGCUAUGCAGGUGCUGAUACCAAUGGAAGUUUAUCAUCUCAUGGUCGAGGAUAUUAUGGGUCAAAUGAUUAUCAAAAUGACUACCCUUUAGCUCAGUCAAGUGCUUCACGUGUUCAUGAUGAAGAUGCAGAGGAUGCAAUGCUUCUAGCUGCAAUAGAAGCCUCGAAGAAGGAGAUCAGAGAAAGUUCUUCACAGAGUGCUCAUAAUCAUUCAUAUUAUGAUGUGCCUUCACAAAGUCAUUUUGAACGAGAAGAUGAUGAUUUGGCUCAUGUCAUUUCACUGUCUUUACAGACCGCAGAGAAAGAGGAAGCAAUACGUGAGCUUCGAGUGAAAGAGGAAAGUGAAGUACUUGGUGCUCAUGCUUUAUUAGCCGAGGGAGAGAGAACUAACACUAACAGAAGCAGACUAGAGUGGGGUGAUAUUUCUCCUGACGAGCUCAAUGAAGCAUUGCUGAUUGAAACUGCACUUUAUGGUGAAACUUCGAAUCACAGUUCUCACAAAUUUCCAUCUUUGCCUGAUCUGCAACAUCAUUCAGAAAAAAAUGCUGAUCCCAAAAGGCAGCGUUCAUCCAGUUCAGCAUCUCAAUUAUUAUCUGAGACUCAGUUGAUAAGACAACAACAGGAUGCUGACUAUAUAGCAUCACUACAAGCUGAUAAACAAAAAGAAUUGAAUUCUCUCAACAAAUCUGAAACCCAUUCGUCAAAGCAAGAAGAAAAACACAAAAAUACGCUUGAAAGAACGGAAUUGGAGAAAACAGGUGAUGCAAAAAAAAUUAUGCUUCCAAAUGAACCACCCUUAGGUGAUGAAAAAGCAAUUACUAUUGUUGUUCGAAUGCCGGACGGUGGUCGUUGUGAACGUCGCUUCUUCAAAACUGACAAGCUUCAGCUUCUUUUUGAUUUCAUAGACAUUUAUGGAGCAGUGAAGCCUGGCACCUAUAGAGUUGUAAGGUCGUACCCGCGACGAGCAUACAGUGUUAAUGAUAGAUCGGCUACCUUGAAUGAAGCAGGCCUUAGCAACAAGAAUGAGGCUUUAUUUCUCGAGUUGAUUUAGUCACCUAUUUUCUUCCAUUUAGUAUCCUGGUCCUUAAUUAGAACCCAAGAAAUUAUCAGGGCGCUCAUUUGACUUUUCUAGGGAUAAACAUAGUCUGAGACAGAUGAUAUUUAUUGAAUACAACUGAGGGCCGUUGUUAACUUAUUGUAUGUACAGAUCUUGAUACUUGUCAAUUAUUAUAUCUACGAAUGAAAGAAUUGGCUGUUGGCUGA